AUGCGACACAACCUCGGCAUGGCGGCCUUGCUGGCUUCGCUGCAGUCCUCGUCGAGCAAGGCGACCAAGGACGAGGUCGACACGGUCAUCGAGCAGGUCAAGCAGCUGGCGGGCGAGCACGGCAUGGACGACGAGAGCCUGUGCAAGGGCUACGAGCUCGCACUCGGUGGACUGCUCGACACCGACCAGAGCCUCCGUAUACUUCCUCAGCUCAUCCCGCACACCGCCCUGCCCCUCGACCCGGUCCUCCUCACCACAUCCGUCCUCGGCCAGUCGACCGCCUCGCUUCCUCCACGAGCCGGCCAAGUCGCAUACGCGGUUCAACGUCGUGCACUCGAGCAGCUCGCUGUGCUUCUUGAGCUCGGCGCAGUCGGGCGAGAAGGACUCGAGGCGCUCGACCGGCUGUAUGGCGCCGUCGAGCAGGGCCUUCGCUACCGCAUCCUCCGUGAGCCGACGGCGGGCCUCCUGUGCCUCAUCACGCGCAAGCACCACGUCCAGCCACACCGGGUCGCCCGAGUACGAUCCCUCCUCCUGGACGACCCGCCACCUUCCACCUCACUCGCCCGCCUGCUCGACCUGUACCGCUCGUCCGAGGUCGGCCACGUUCGCCAGACCCGCAAGCAUGCCGCCGCCGCUCCAGAUGGGUUGCCAAGCAGCCUCGAGGCGUGGAAGAUGCGCGUGUCCGAGGUGCUGGAUGGCAGCGGUGUCGACGGCGAGCUCGAGGAGGGUCAUCGGGUCAAGCGCCGCAAGCACUCGCACCAGGUUCCUCUCCCCGACUCGGCCAUUUUGACGUCGUCUACCGCUUCUCCGCACCUCGCCGACCUUUCCUCCCUCGCCAAACUCGCCGAGCACCUCGACAAGGUCGUCUUGCCCACCCACGCCGCGAGUGUCCUCUCGGCCGGCGCUGGCCCGACACGCAGGAGCCGGCCGCCGACCGAGGCGGACUGGGUCCGUUCAUGGGCCUUCCUUCCGCGCAGCGGCUACGAUCACGAUUCCGAGCACCUCUCGCAACUGUCGCACUGGAUCAUCUCGCGACUCGAGCACGAGCUGUACGACCUCGAGCCGACCAAGGCGGGCCAUGCGCGUGUCGAGGACCUUCUCUCCCGUGUGCGGGACAUCUGCGAGCUCGGCGGAGAAGUCGUCGAGGCGCUCGAGCCUUUCCUCAAUACUUUCCUCGCCAACUGGGACGGCGAGCGGCAUCGAGACGUCAUCUUCCAGCUCGUCGCGCUCCUCAAGCCUCGAGCGUGGGCAGAUCUUGAGCAGUCCGUCCUCGGCAAGCUGCGCAAACUCGCUGGGACCGCCUCGGUCGACUGGGUCGCCGCCUUGGUCGACUGCCUGAGCGCCCUCGUCCGCAACCUCGCCGUCCGCGACAACUGGCAUCUUCAAGCUACCGUCACGACGGCGUUCGGCCGUCUCGACGCCGACGGCCAGUACCUCGCGAGCUUGGAGAGCUUUCUCGAGUUCACCGACGAGGUCAUCCUCUCUGCCACAGCGCGCCACCCUACCUCGCUCGUCCUCCGCUCCGCCGCCCUCGGCUUCUACGAGUCGACGCUCCUCCUCCCUCUCGAACUCGACCUGCCCGUCAUCGUCCUUCCCUCGCCCAUCUUCACCUACCUGUGCCUCCUCUCGAACGAGCUCAUGAGCGUCUCGAGGAUCUGCGGCAUUAUCGCGAGGCUGCGCGACGCCCUCGUCGGCGCCGAGAGCGCCAUCGUCAAGCGUUGGCAAGACGACCCACGCGGCCCGCAGUCGAGCGCCAUCGAGUCGCUCAACGCUCGGCUCGUCACGCUCGUCGGUGCUCUUUGGAUGCGCCGCUUCCUCGCCACCGACGCAUCUAUGGGCCUCUCUUCGGACGUCCUCGACAAAUUGCGCUCGAGGAGCGAGGAGCGAGGGCAGCAGGUCGCGUCCAGCAUGGGCCUCACGGCGCACAGCGCGCUCGCUCUUCUCGCCCAGGACUGCCUCUCGGUUCUCGCUACCCAGGACGGCAAGUCGGCCGAGAGCCUCGUCGGGCCGGUCACGACUACUGCACUCAAGCAGCUCGCCAAGGACCCCGCCGCCUUCCACAUCUCGUUCAACGAGUUCCGCCCGCGCUUCGUCGAGUACCUCGAGGAGCGAGGCGCGAAAGGUCUCGCGAGCUGUCUCUUCUCGAGCUUGUCGAGCUUGGUCGAGCGGCGCAAGUCGAGUAUCGGCGGGACGUGAGUGAGGGCAGCCGGGUCGAGUCGCGGCGGUAGCUGGAGGACGAAGCGGCAGGGUCUGAGCGCAAUGCAAUGGGACGACAAGCUUGCACGAG